UUAUAACUUGAAAAUUUCGUGAAAUCAUAUCACACGCAUGGAUCAUUAACGUAGAUCAUUCUAUGACAAUCGGAAGUGUUUACUUUGAGUACAGGGUGUGACUAAAAGUGUUUCAAGUGCUUCAAGGGUAUAACGUCAAAAGUGGUUAAAAUGAUCUCAUGUCAAUGCAUCUCAUAUCGUUUGAAGAGAAUAUAAAAUAGGAUGAUCCAAGUCUCACUUUAAACUGGUUGUGGUGGCUGUUCUGACUUCAUGUAAAUAAAUAGAAUUUUGGUGAAAACGAAUUUUGGUGGAAAUGAAGAGAAAUUUAUAUCUUUUGGUCGUAGCAGUCUUUACAUUGGCCUAUGGCGCAGUCGUACCUUUACCCCCCAGUAUUUCCUUAAAUGAUUCUCAAUGUCGUCAAAUUUACACGAACUGUACAACGAACGAGGAAUGUUGUGUUCCAAUGAGAUGUCUUAAUAUAAACAAUAGAAAACAAUGUCACACUGGGACGGAUAGUCCUCAUUUGCCACCUGAUGCGGGUGGAGGUUAUAAACCUCCUGAAAAUCCAGGUUGUGGACUUUAUGGUGAUGAGUGUGAUUCAUUAAGUCAAUGCUGUGAGCCGUAUGUUUGUCGUUAUGGUGGAAUAUGCGUUAAAGUAAGGUACGAUUAUUUGGGAAGACCUGAAUAUUCUUGAAAGUAGAAUGUUUACUCUACUUGUGAAAAUAUAAAAAAGCACCCUAAUGUAUAUUAAAAUCAAGUUUAUGUUAAAAUGUUUUUUGUAAAUAAAUUAUCUGACAUUUGUUUAUUAAAAUACAUAAACCAAUUAUUUUAUGUGUUUUAUUACCCACAGACAUUUAACGUUUUCAGUAAAUUAAGAAAUUCCUCUCUCGUGUUGUACUUUAUCACAUUUCUCUUUGUAAUCGUUAAAAAGUUUAGCGUUAUGACGUCACUCGUUGACACGACGAGCAAUAUGACGAUUAAUACGCCAACUAUACGUCAUUACUCAUAGUUGCCAUGGAAAUAUCGUAACCAUGUAGAAAAUGGCGACCGAAGGAGAAAAUAAAUAUCUUGAAAGAAAACGGUUUGCCAUUGACUAUUUGAAAACAAAUGAUGUUCCAAACUGCUUUCAGAAACUUCUCAACAACAUUUUAGAAGAACCACCCGAUGAUAUUUUUGGUUUCAUGGCUGAAUAUUUUUCAAAAAAGGCAAAAACACCUAAGAUAACAAAUUUACUGUGUUCAAGAAUUUUUACUGAAUGUGGCAAUAUGACCGUUAAGGUUGAAAUAGAAGUAUUAUAUCAUGGAAAUAUAAAGAGACUCUCCUCUAUUCCAUUAUCCCUGGAUAGUCAACCUGAAGAUGAAAUGAAAGUUGCAGUUAAAGGCAAGACUUCUGCCUUGGAGUCAAAGCAAAAUCCUUCAGGUGACGAGUUGGAAGAAAUUGAUGAUUCAUUUGAACAAGUAAUGAAAACUAUCCAGGAAAAUAUCAAGCCUGCACUUGUUGGAGUAGAGCUUUAUAAUGAUGUAGAAAUCAACAGAAUUUUAGAAGAUGUUAUGAACAACAGAUGUAACAAUGAUAGCGAAAUAAACUUGUUGUCUGUCAUCAAUAAACAAAACAAGUUCAACAUUGACAAGGAGAACUCAAUCACACACAAUGAUGAACUUGUUAAAACUGAUACCACAGAAGUAGAAGAUAUACCAAAAAACGACGAACAUCGUAAUGGUUUUGUUCAUUUAGACAUACUUGCUGUUUCAAUGGCAAUUGCAAAGUCAGCCUCUGUAUUACAAGAAUCCCAACUGUUUAAUAAUUUGUACUUUGCUACAACGAAAGAGGAACCAGAUUUUCUAUCAUUACCCAUGCCGUUUAUGUGUGUGUUACGAUGUGACAAGAAAACAUCUGGAAAGCUUUAUAUGUUUAAGGAUGUAAUGAUUGCAUUCAAAAAUACAAUAUCAUCGUUUCAGGCGUUGAAACAGUUGACGAAUAUUUACGAACAACUUGAGUCAAACACUCGACAAAAGCCGACAGCUAACAUGACUGCAGACAAUGGCGCUUUAACUCCCAGCAUUGACAGACCAGAGCAAAGUCUUGAUCUCCUUCGAGACGCCAUCACAACGGCAGGAUACAGCUAUGAAGAUGACGUUAUAGUCGCAAUAAGAAUAUGUAGCCAAGAUAUUUAUGACAAGGAUAAGCAAAAGUAUGAAAUCUGCUUGAACACAUUGAAAACAUCAGAGGAGAUUAUGAACGUAUACUUUGAUCUCUGCCAGCGUUAUCCUGAAAUAAAGAUCCUCGUAGAUCCUUUUAUAUCACAAGACGCACAGAGUUAUUCUCAACUUAGCGAGAGAUUGAAAGGGAACUGUUUCAUUCUAAGUCAGGAUUCAUUUGCCAAACAUGCUACGGAAGAAGCUAUAAAAGAAGGUUUAGUUUGUGGUAAAGUUAUGGAACUUCAAGAUGUAUCUACUGUUGCGCAGUUUAUGCAACAAUCAAGGUUUUUUGCAGAAUUUUCUAAAUUAAUUUUUGUUACUACGAACGACCUAAGUGUAUUGGAUGAUUUUAUGGUUGAUUUAGCUGUGGCUGCUCAAGCACAUUGCGUUAUUUUUGGUGCGCCAUCGCGUUCUUGUAAUAUUCAAAUUUACAAUAGACUGUUGGAAAUAGAGAAACUUUUGAGUGAAGCAAAUAUUCUCGUUGAAAAGAGGCCACAGUUUGCAUGAUAAACUUUCUUGACGUGUAGAUAUUGCAUUGUCAUAUUUUUACCUUUCUAUAUGAGUUUUUUUAGACGUUCUGUAUGUAUAAGUAAAUUUAAUGAGAUGAAACAAAAGUUAAUUACAUUAAGAUUAACUUACAAAACAUUCACAACAGCAAUAGCUAUAAGCUCUUAAAAACCUUCGUGGCUACCUAUGUGUUUACUUUUUGGAACAUCUUGAAAAAUACAAGUUGCCAUACGGUUUCAUAAGAAUAUCAUCAAUAUUGGAGCAUUUAGGUACAGAAAAAUAAUAUGGCACAAGUUAGGGAAUUUUUAAAUACUAGAUGUAACAACUUAGACUUCAGUUUAUGUUACAAUUGGUCAUUUCAUAGUCAAAAGUAGUCGAAGUAAUCGAAGGUAGUCAAUUCACGAAUUGCCAUGUGGUAAAUCAGGGCAGUGACGAGCAUGUCUUUGGUCAUUUUUUCCGAUGUAAUGGCGUCGCGAUCAUUUGACUUUAUGUUUGAACUAACUGAACUGUUUUGUAUCAUCUUACGCACCAACCAUAUUUUUUCGACCGUUGGUGUUGGUUUGCACAGACGAGAGUUUAAUAAUUCCAAACAAAGAAAUUCAAAGGUAGAAAUGCCAACGUAAAGGAGGCUGCCAAGAAACAACGAUAUCAGACUUUAUAUUGUAAGAGUGAAGAAGAAUUUUUUAGAGCUGCGAAAGAAAUGUUGAAAGUAAAAAUUUUGGUUGGAGUGAAGGGUUUUUGACUUUUUGUAUAUCGUAAAAUUUGUUCAAAUGCUAUGUUCAGGGGGUACAAAAAGUAUCAUUAAUUUAUUUUUUUACUCAAGAAUGCUAAAAUGCGAAAAAAGUCAAACGACGAAAAACAUGUGACGAAGAAUAAUGAGAAGAACAACAGGUUUUGUUUUUCUUCGCAUAUUUUGAUAUUACGUAAAUUUUUCAAUCAAGCCAAAUCUUACAUCAGACACGCGACAUUUUGCCCCAUAUACGCGUGCUUAGUGUUUCGAGUGGAGUAAUGAUUGGCUACACACGCGUGUCUGGGGUGAAAUCAUGGCUUAAAAAAAUUAUUAGGGUUUUGUAUUACAGGUAGCGUUCCACGAAUUUUAGUUUGAUGAUCUACCUUCAUAAUUAUGACGUAAUAGCGUUCAUGAAAUAAAGGUAGAAUCUCACGAUAUAAACUCAUUAGUUAUCAACAAUUAAAUGGUUAUCAUUAACGAAUAUCUUUUAUGUAAAGCACGACGCACUGGGGAAGAGCUUGUUGGAACGUCUGUCAAGCUGUUCACGAGCUGCUCACGUGUCCUACACCACUCCCAGAGUCAUUUAAGGUGGAUUGCUAUGUCAGCAAUGUUUUGCUAGACCUGUUUUUUUUUCGCUCCAGCUUUUAUUUGGAGAUGGAGAUUUUUACUGCGUUGUAUAGUUGUUAUUUUGUAAGGUGUUGUACUGGUUUUUCUUUUACAGAAAGUAUGUAAAGAUAUGGUAAAAAUAUCGAGUGAAGGUCGUGAACUGUGUGCGAAAGCAGUUUGUAGAGAACUUGAAUUUUUACAUGUGUAGAAUAUGAAUUUGAAAUUUCGAAAACCUCUAACGAUAAAGAUGCCAAGUUGAUCAUUAUAUGAAUUCGUUUUGAUCUCUGUAACUGUAACUUGGAAUUGUCAAAAACCAUGAUCAUCAUUUUAGGCAGAAGUCUAGUUGAUCCUUAGCUUUAUCAUCGUUAAACAUUCCUUACUUUUUAGAUGUUGUUAAUAUCGUAAACAUGAGCAGUAAUUGUCGUUAUGAUGGAGAAUUUAACAAACAAAAUGACUGACUUCGAGAUUGGUGCUAGAUUACGUUGUUAUGCUUAGUUAUGAAUAUAAAUAAGAAACUUUUUACCUUUAUUUCAACCGUCUUCUAAGAAGUACUUAUCUGCUCCAAAAUUAUAUCCUGAUUCAGCAAUGGAACAUUCCACGAUUAGCUUAUGAAAUAUUAUGUAAAGUAUCAUUAAAGUAUAGAAUUACAACAAUGUACACGUAAAAUUCAAA